UGAGUGUGCGGAGUGACGGGGAUGGCAUGGAGUCCUUACCACGAGGACAUUCCAGUCCCCGUGAGGAGGCGCGAGCCAAAAUUUGUGCCCUAUGAGCCAUACAAGGCUGCGGUCACUCCCGUACGUGAGAUGGACACACGCUGCAGAACCCGGUUGGCGGCGCUGGAGAUCCCCUUCCCCUUGCAUCACCCGCCUGGUGGUGGUGAGGAGCCGCCCUUGCUGGCAGUGGUGCGGGAAGUGCCUGAGGGCACUCCACCUUCCUUCCUCCCAGGGGGCCCCUCGCAGCGGCUGCUGCACGAAGCACACCAGUGCACUCAGGAUCUGCAGGAGCAGCUGCGGGUCCAGGUCGAGGUGAACCGUGAGCUGAAGAAGUUGCUUGUGGCUUCUGUGGGUGAAGACCUGGAAGCACGUGUGCACUUCCUCAGUGAGGACAAGGCACAGCUGGCCGCAGACGUGCGAGCGUACGCACAGCGUUUGAGCCAGGGCCGAGAGGAGAUUGACCGGUUGGCUAUCCAUGCAGACGUCUGGCGCUCAAAGUUCCUGGCUGCCAGCCUGCUGGUGGACGAGCUGGCCAACUGCAAGGCCCGGCUGAUGCGCCAGUGCGAUGACUUUCAGGAGGCAUUGCAGUGGAUGGCCAGUGAGCACGAGCAACUUGAGGCCAACCUGACGGCCACUUGUCGGCUGUUGGCCAAGUUGCAGGGAGAGGUGCCCAGGGAUCCAACACCGUGUGAUGUGUUGCAGCUGAGUGCGCAGGCACAGCGGGCAGCACGCAGCCUGUGUCAUCAGAUGGCAGCACGUGGCGGCAGUGCAAACCUGCGGCUUGGCCCAUCACCUGUGGUUUGUUCCACCCCAGCUGAAAGCUUUGCCCAGCGUACCGAUUGCGCCUACGAGACGCUGAAGCGCUCAUUCACGUCAAGCGCCGCUCACUCUGCCCUUGAGUCCAGUAUCUCCUCCAGUAAUGAAUUGGUGGCCCAUCAUGGUAGCACUAUAGCAUGUUGCCGUCACUGCUCAGGCCACCUGGAGACUAUCUGACACCUGGAAUGAUUGAGCCACAUGCUGACUUUAGUGGUGUACCGAGUACAAAUAUUGAACAUGUGCCAAUUAUGAUGCUCCGAGUAAUGUUUUAAGCUUUCAAAUUUUCAUGAAUAAAUAGUUUUUAAUCUA